CGCUGUCCCCCCGCGCCCGCCACUUCCGGGGCCGCAGUCCCGGGCAUGGAGCUUCGCGCGUGAGGCGCCGCCGGCCCCGGGACGCCUUUGCCCAGCCCGGCCGCCGCCUCGCAUCCCGCUUCUCACUGCCUUCCGAGGGGACCGAGAGGAUGUCUGGGGCCCUGCCUGAGGAGCAGGCCGCCGCCACCACCGCCGCCGGUGACAUGGACGAGGCGGCCGGCCGCUUCCAGGUGCAGAAGCACUCGUGGGACGGCCUCCGGGGCAUCAUCCACGGCAGCCGCAAGUACUCGGGCCUCAUCGUCAACAAGGCCCCGCACGACUUCCAGUUUGUACAGAAGACAGACGAAGCCGGCCCUCACUCCCACCGCCUUUACUACCUAGGUAUGCCUUAUGGCAGCCGGGAGAACUCGCUUCUCUACUCUGAGAUCCCCAAGAAGGUCCGCAAAGAGGCCCUGCUGCUGCUGUCCUGGAAGCAGAUGCUGGACCACUUCCAGGCCACGCCGCACCACGGGGUGUAUUCAAGGGAGGAGGAGCUGCUCCGAGAGCGGAAGCGCCUGGGCGUGUUUGGCAUCACCUCCUACGACUUCCACAGCGCCAGCGGCCUCUUCCUCUUCCAGGCCAGCAACAGCCUCUUCCACUGCCGUGAUGGGGGCAAGAAUGGCUUCAUGGUGUCCCCCAUGAAGCCACUGGAGAUCAAGACCCAGUGCUCAGGGCCCCGGAUGGACCCCAAAAUCUGCCCUGCCGACCCCGCCUUCUUCUCCUUCAUCAACAACAGCGACCUGUGGGUGGCCAACAUUGAGACGGGAGAGGAGCGGCGCCUCACCUUCUGCCACCGGGGAUCAUCCAGUGUCCUGGAUGACCCCAAGUCUGCUGGCGUGGCCACCUUCGUCAUCCAGGAGGAGUUUGAUCGCUUCACAGGGUGCUGGUGGUGCCCCACAGCCUCCUGGGAAGGCUCUGAAGGCCUGAAGACACUGCGCAUCCUGUAUGAGGAGGUGGACGAAUCUGAGGUGGAGGUCAUCCAUGUCCCCUCGCCGGCCCUGGAAGAGAGGAAGACCGACUCCUACCGAUACCCCAGGACAGGCAGCAAGAAUCCGAAGAUCGCCUUGAAGCUGGCCGAGUUCCAGACAGACAAUCAGGGCAAGAUUGUCGCAGCCCAAGAGAAGGAGCUGGUGCAGCCCUUCAGCUCCCUCUUCCCUGCGGUGGAGUACAUCGCCAGGGCUGGGUGGACACGUGACGGCAAGUACGCCUGGGCCAUGUUCCUGGACCGACCCCAGCAGCGGCUCCAGCUGGUGCUCCUGCCCCCAGCCCUGUUCAUCCCAACCCCCGAGAGCGAGGCACAGCGGCUGGCCUUCGCCAGGGCCGUCCCAAAGGACGUCCAGCCCCACAUGGUAUACGAAGAGGUCACCAACGUCUGGAUCAACGUGCACGACAUCUUCUACCCCUUCCCGCAGGCGGACGGCCAGGAGGAAUUCUGCUUCCUCCGUGCCAAUGAGUGCAAGACCGGCUUCUGCCACCUGUACAAAGUGACUGUUCUCCUCAGGGCCAAUGGCUACGACUGGACUGAGCCACUCAGCCCCCGGGAAGAUGAAUUCAAAUGUCCCAUCAAGGAGGAGAUUGCGCUGACCAGUGGCGAGUGGGAGGUCCUGGCCAGGCACGGCUCCAAGAUCUGGGUCAAUGAGGAGACCAAGCUGGUGUACUUCCAAGGCACCAAGGACACGCCGCUGGAGCACCACCUCUAUGUGGUCAGCUACGAGUCCGCCGGCGAGAUCGUGCGCCUCACCACGCCCGGCUUCUCCCACAGCUGCUCCAUGAGCCAGAACUUCGACAUGUUCGUCAGCCACUACAGCAGCGUGAGCACGCCGCCCUGCGUGCACGUGUACAAGCUGAGCGGCCCGGACGACGACCCGCUGCACAAGCAGCCGCGCUUCUGGGCCAGCAUGAUGGAGGCGGCCAGCUGCCCCCCGGAUUAUGUGCCUCCAGAAAUUUUCCAUUUCCACACACGAUCAGAUGUGCGGCUCUAUGGCAUGAUCUACAAACCACACGCCCUGCAGCCAGGGAAGAAGCACCCUACCGUGCUCUUCGUGUACGGGGGCCCGCAGGUACAGCUUGUGAACAACUCCUUCAAAGGAAUCAAGUAUCUGCGGCUCAACACGCUGGCAUCACUAGGGUACGCCGUGGUGGUGAUCGAUGGCCGGGGCUCAUGUCAGAGAGGGCUUCGCUUUGAGGGGGCCCUGAAAAACCAGAUGGGCCAGGUGGAGAUCGAAGACCAGGUGGAGGGCUUGCAGUUCGUGGCGCAGAAGUACGGCUUCAUAGACAUGAGCCGCGUCGCCAUCCACGGCUGGUCCUACGGAGGCUUCCUCUCGCUCAUGGGGCUCAUCCACAAACCCCAGGUGUUCAAGGUGGCCAUCGCGGGCGCCCCGGUCACAGUGUGGAUGGCUUAUGACACAGGAUACACGGAGCGCUACAUGGACGUGCCCGAAAACAACCAGCAGGGCUACGAGGCGGGCUCUGUGGCCCUGCACGUGGAGAAGCUGCCCAACGAGCCCAACCGGCUGCUCAUCCUCCACGGCUUCCUCGAUGAGAAUGUGCACUUUUUCCACACCAACUUCCUCGUGUCCCAGCUCAUCCGGGCGGGGAAGCCCUACCAGCUCCAGAUCUACCCCAAUGAGAGACACAGCAUUCGCUGCCCCGAGUCGGGAGAGCACUAUGAAGUCACACUGCUGUACUUUCUACAAGAGCACCUCUGAGCCCCCGCCUGGGAGCCCCCACCCCAGCCUUCACAUCCCAGUGCAACCGGAUGUCAGGAGGAACCGGGGAGGGGGGGGUCCCCCACGUCCCCACAAGGUACCUCCUCUCACCACCCCGCUGGACAGCUGUGGCCACCCUGCAGCUGGCCGCCGCCUUCGCCCUGACGCCUUUCAUCCUCUCGCUGGCGCUCCUGGCUUCGUGGCUGCUUCUCAAUUGCCAGGACACAGUGACAGUGGCCAGCCUCCCCGAGGCUCUGCCUGGUGCCAUCCCCUCCUUGUCCCCCGUUGUUGGGGAGGUAGGGCUCCCUCGUUCCCUCGCCUCCUCACCCCUGCUGGAAGGGCUGCAGCUCGGGCACCUUCGCCAAAAGACACUUGGAGGAGCUGGGGCUGGGAAACCAGCCACCAGAGGCCCGGGCACCCCCAGUGUGUGGCUUUCCAGGGCCUCUCGGUCCCCUGGCCCCGCCAAACCACCGUCCCCAGCACAGAAGCAUGCAGUGCCUGUCCUCCCCGCCAGCUCCCACUUCAUUGUCGUGUUGUGUCUUAGGGGGCAUUUUAAAUAAUUAUUUAAAGACAGAAAGCAAAGGGUAUCCCUAAAUCCAGACUUGGGGUCCACCACUGGGCAGUGGUGUUCCAGCCCAGCACCUGGAAGCCCCCAGUGCCCAAAGCAGAAUGCAGAGAGAGUGAAGCAAGUGGGGGGGAGGGGGGAAGGGGGAAAAUAGGGGAAUCACAGCAGGUACACAGUGUGGCUUCACCCCACCGGCCCCUCCCCACCCAGCCAUCCAGCCCCGUGUGUGUGUGUGUGUGUGUGUGUGUGUGUGUGUGUGCGCGUGUGUGUGUGUGUGUGUGCGUGUGUACGUGUGCGUGUGUGUGUGUGUCUGCCUGGCCCUGUGCCUGCCCUGGGGUCUGGGGGUUGAACGUCCCCCACCUCAGGGUCAUCCCCCCACCCUUCCUGACCCUCCCUGCCAAGAGUUUGGGCAUAAAGAAGGAAAAAAGAAAGCUUAAAAAAAAAACCCAGAACCCCUCUACAUAUUAUGGAAAGAAAAUAUUUUUGUCAUUCUUAUUCUUUUAUAAUUAUGUGUGUAAGAAGUAGACUCAUUAAACGAUUCCAGAUGGAAAUA